UUUCAGACUGUACAGACCCUCGGACGAUGAAGAAGCACCCUGCGUACACGGAAUGGGCUGAUGCAUACUCUUGCUCCCGACACCGCUGCCAGCCAGGAGGGCGCAACUUAGCUAUAUAUACAGUCGGCUGCAAACGCGUGGAAGCCCCAGAAUCGGCAAUAGAGUGCGAGGAAGUGGUGGAGGACACCAACAUGCAGUUUCCAUUCUGUUGUACUCGACUCAGAUGCCUAGUCGUGGUGCGUGGUGAGGUGUGGACACGUGUGCUGGGACAACCGUGGGAGACCCUACCAGCGGCACCCUGGAGUCACAUGUACAAAAUGAAGAAACCGCCGCCGAGUACUGGAGGGCCAUUCCUGCCCAAGAGUCCAAACGAAGGUCCUGUCUACAAGCUGACGGAGCAAGAAGACGUAUUCCCCGACAAAGUGCUCAGAGCUGCCAAGAAAUGCAGCGGCGACUCGCCCGAAUGCAACAGCAUCGCUCCACGGGCCGUCCCAUUACCGGAUAUUGUUAUCGCUUUAUCCACGAGUAAUGAGCAAAAGGAAUCCAAAAAAAUAAAAAAUGUCAGAAAUAAAGAGGUAAGGCACAAAAGGGCUCGCAAGCAACCGUCUUCGUAUUAUGACGAGGAAGCUCCAGAAGCUCACAUCGAUCGAGAGAAUGAAUAUUUGCCAAGUGAACAGGUUGGCGUCUCGUAUGAGAACGUCUACCAUCAACCCGAAUUCCCACCAGCUGAGACCGAGAAGAAAGAGGAGAAGUCGACCAACCUCCAGGCCCUGGUAGACGCGAUCGGCACCAGGAUGAGGGACAUUGAGAAUGUGGUGCAGAAGAUGAGCGAGAAAGUACACCAGGCGAAACCCGAAGACGUGGCUGAAUUUAGCGUCGAGAAGUUCUCUAUUCGUAACCGCGCCAGUAAGUACCUGCACAGCACGACAGAUGGCAGUACUGAACCAACGCUCUUCCUCGAAGACACCAGCAUGAAUGGGUACUUCAGCGAUGCCAGUAACAGCGUGCUGAGGAGAGCUGGCAACCCACCAAAGGAACCAGUGGCCAUCUACAUGGCGCCUGUGGAGAUCCGCCGAAAAAGUCACGCCAGCGUCUCCGACUCCUCGAGCGAGGUGGAGAAGAAGCAUAAGAAACGCACUCAUAAGAAGAAGCGAACUAAAGACAAACCCCAUAAGAAACACCAUAAGGAGGAGAAAAGGAAACGGUUGAAUAGGUUAAACUCGGUUGAGGCGGACAGGAUAGUUGUAUCUUUGGAAGACAGUAGUGAGAUAAGCAAUAAAUAGAUAUGAUAAAAUUCAACGAUGUCUUACACCUCAAGAAUGGUAAUGGAUAACGGGAACCAUAGAUAUUACAGAGUGUUCUGUUAUGUCUAUGGUACUGUUCAUGACUAAAUAUGAUAAAAUUGUCAAUUCAUAGCAGGCUAGUGUAUAGAAAAAAUAUACGGCCGUAUAACCCUACCAAAUUCAGAUACAACCUACUUGCAUACUUUCUACAUAAAUUGUGUCGAAUAUAUAUAAUCUAGUAAUGUAAAAUUUGUUAUUGUCAAAUAUUUGACAUAUCAUACAUUUUCUACACACUAGCCUGCUGUGAAUUGAGAAAAAUAGCAACUGAUGGUGUAUCUUUCGUCCUCUUUUUACUAAUUAUAUUUGCAUAGGAAGAAAGGAGACAACCAUAUGAUUUACAGUUUUUAUUUAGUUGGCAUCAUCUUAUUUGCCUUUUUAAGUAUCAUAGAAAAAAAAUGUGGACCUUUUAGCAUUUUUAGUGGAUGUUUUUAGUUAGGUUAUAGGUGAACUUGAUAAAUGGCUUCAUAUUUUUAAAAUAAUGCUAUGAAAUAUUCAGUCAUUUGUUGACAAAU